AUGGAGAAGGUUGCUGGAAAUGUCCUUCUUGAUGGCUCAGUGCUACCACUGCCACCAUCACUACCAGAUUUUACUUCUAUGAGUAACAUUGCAACCCAACAUAAUUUUUGCCCUCAGGAAAAUUCGUUAAGGACAUUUGCUGAAAAUAUAUCUCAACAUGCAGAAAUCUUAAAAAAUAUGAAAGACUAUGAAGAAAUUCUCAAAGUUUCCGAGUUGGUGGGAGUCCAUUAUAAAGGAAUAGAUCUUGGUGAGUGGGAAUUUGCUGCCGAAGCAACUCCAGCUAAAGCAAUUGGAGGCCGUUGUCGCUCAGCUGGAAUCAACCAAUCAAUUUUAAAUAUCCUUUUGAGCAGAAAGUUGACUGAUGAGCAAUUACCAACAAAAUUGGCUCACAUCGGGGAAUUAAAAUCCACAAUAAAGAUUUUUAACUAUGCAAUGGAAAUAUAUGAAAAAGUCAAUAAAAUGUUUUAUGAACUGGACCAUGGGCAUAACUUACUUAAGGAUAUCUUCAAAGUUGAUGAUUACAAUGCAAAUCAACAUUCCAUGGUGACACCAAAGAAUAAAUCUCAAGUAUUAACCGUGAUUGAAGAAAUGAAAAGUAAAGCAGGAAAACAUUGA